GAGGGCGGGAAAAGCAAAAACCAUAGAAGAACAAAAGAAAACGAAGCCAUAGCUGAGCUUCGAAGAAGAAACUCAAACCCCUUCUCUCUCCGUGAGAAAACCAGAGUGAAAGAGAACCAAAAAUGGAGAGAAUUCAUGUAACCGUCCGAGCAAGACCACUCUCAGCGGCGGACUCCAACACAAGCCCUUGGAAAAUCUCUGGAAACUCCAUUUUCAUUCCUAAUAACCCUAACAAGUUUGAAUUUGACCGAGUUUUCGGUGAAGAUUGUAAGACUUUUGAAGUCUAUCAAGCUCGCACCAAAGAAAUUGUUGCCUCUGCAGUUCGUGGAUUCAAUGGGACUGUGUUUGCUUAUGGGCAAACUAACAGUGGGAAAACUCAUACAAUGCGGGGCUCACCCACUGAACCUGGGAUUAUUCCUCUUGCUGUGAAUAAUUUGUUUGAUGUUAUAAAUCAGGAUGCAGAUAGAGAGUUUCUUCUCCGAAUGUCCUACAUGGAAAUCUACAACGAGGAAAUUAAUGAUCUGUUGGUUCCCGAGCAUCGAAAACUGCAGAUUCAUGAAAGUUUAGAGCGGGGAAUCUAUGUUGCUGGUUUGCGAGAAGAGAUUGUUGCUUCUUCUGAGCAAGUUCUCGAUCUUAUGGAAUUUGGAGAAUCUCAUCGUCAUAUUGGAGAGACAAAUAUGAAUUUGUACAGUAGUAGAUCCCACACUAUUUUCCGCAUGAUAAUUGAGAGUCGGGAUAAAGUUGAAGAUGGAGAAGCUGGAAAUUCUUGUGAUGCUGUUCGUGUUUCAGUUCUGAAUUUAGUGGAUCUUGCUGGUUCAGAGCGUGCUGCAAAAACUGGUGCUGAGGGUAUUCGCCUUAAAGAGGGUUCCCACAUUAACAAAAGCUUGAUGACCCUGGGAACCGUCAUUAAAAAAUUAAGCGAAGGUGCUGAAAGUCAAGGGAGCCAUGUCCCCUAUCGUGACAGCAAACUGACUCGCAUUUUGCAACCUGCACUCGGUGGAAAUGCAAACACAGCAAUUAUAUGCAAUAUCACUUUAGCACAGGUUCAUGCAGACGAGACGAAAAGUACCCUCCAGUUUGCUAGUAGAGCAUUACGUGUCACCAACUGCGCUCAUGUGAACGAGAUAUUAACAGAUGCUGCUCUGUUAAAGCGUCAAAAGAGAGAGAUUGAGGAUCUUCGUGCCAAAUUGCAGGGUUCCCAUUCGGAGCAUUUAGAGGAGGAGAUCCUCAACUUGAGAAAUACAUUACUAAAGAUUGAACUGGAAAGGGAACGGAUGGCUUUGGAGUUGGAGGAAGAAAAGAAGGUGCAGUCUGAAUGGGAGAAGAGGGUGCAGGAACAAGCUAAGAAAAUAGAAAAUUUGAGUUCCAUGGUGCUUUAUUCGAAAAGAGAUGAGAACCACGAUGAAAUUAAAAUUAAAAAGGAUAAGAGAAGGGAUACAUGGUGUCCAGGAAAUAUUUCACGGAAUCCCCUUAAACAGGUCUACCCAACCAACCAAUCUAUGUCUUCGGCUGUUAAACCUGUAAGAUCUGAUCGUGAAAUGGGACCACUUCUUCCAUUCAAAGAACUGUUGGAUGACACUGAAGUUUCUAAGGAGGAAACUUGCAAAAGGGGUGAAAGCAAUCACAAGAAUGGAUUAGAAGGGGGUGCUUUUCCAGAUCCCUGUGCAUUAUUGCAUGUUACCAAUAGGAGAAAAGGUGUACCGAAGAAGAAAAGCCUUCCGGGAGACACUGAUGUAAUAGAUGUGCAAGCAGCAUAUGAAGAUUUGCUGUUAAGGUUUGAAAGUGAGAAAACUAUGAGCGACAUAAAAAUUGAUUGCUUAACAAGGAAGCUUGCGGAAAUUGAUGAUCACUAUCAUGUCAAAAGAGGCGACUUUAAUGGGGACAAACAUAUAAGUCUACGGGAAUCAGAGGCAAUCCUUGUUAUCAAGCGACUUCAAGAACGGAUAUUGACUUUGGAAGUGGAGAAAUCUUCAAGUCAGCAAAAUCUUGAUAAUGUCGUGGAGCUUGCAACAGAGCAAAAUAUAUGUGCUAGGGAAAAGUUUGACGAGCUAUCUGAAGAGCUGCAUAAUGCACGUGAAGAAGCCAGGGUAGCUCGCGAGAAGCUUAAUUCCCCCGAAUCUGAAGAACGUUUUGACUUAUUGUCAAUACUUUCAAUGGAACUUCAAGAAGUGACUGUGGAAAUUGAGAACUCUAAACAAAUUUCUUCGAAUGUUUCUUUACUCAUCAAUGAUACAUCUCAGUGUUUUUCUGCUCUAUCUGACAUGUUGGUUGAUUUGAAGACUAUGAUCCAUAAAUGUUCUGUUGAACAGAAACUAAUUAUUAAUGAUCAUGAAGAGCUGAACUCCCAAUUGAUGCAGAAAGUUUCCAAAAUUGAGAAUGAGAAGCUUCUUCUUCAAAAUUACUCAGAUGAUCUCCAGAAUCAGAUAGAGUUACUGAAACAGCAAGUUCAAAAUAACGAGGAGCUAUCGAUGGCUCUUGAUCAUCAGAACAUGGAACAAGCUGAAUUUCUUGCUCAAAUCCAAGUUCUUCAAAAGGAAAUAACGUGUUUGUCAUCUAGUUCACUUGCAAGGGAGAAAGAAAGCCUAAGAAAAGAUCUUGAAAAAACAAAAGGAAAGUUGAAAGAGUUUGAAGUUAAGCUCAAGAAUGCUUUACAAGAGAGAACAAAACUUGAGGGCGAGAAAGCUGCAGCUGAACGAGAGAUAAAGCGGCUAGUUGGUCAAAAUUCUCUUCUUAAGCGUGAUAUUAAUAAACGUGAUUCCAUUGCUGGUAGACGGCGUGAUUCAAUAAUUGAUAAGAGUUCAAAGGGGCUUGAUCCAGACAGAGCGAAGUCCUUUGUACAUUCAUAUGAACAAAUACUGGAGGAAGAUCAGAAGAAGUUGGAAGUUUUUGCCUUUGAGUUAGAGGCGAAGAUUGCUUCUCUGGAAGAACAAUUAAGGGCGACAUACAAUGAGAAAGAAGAGGCAAUAUUUAGAAAUGAAUGCUUACUUUCAGAAUUAGAAACUUUAACUGAAAAACUGCAAAUAGCAAACAUUCAACUGACAGCUGUUCAGGAUGUCAACGAACUUAAAGAAAGCUUAGAAGAAGCUACAUUUAAGCAGAAAAACUUGGAAAGCUCCAUAAGACUUCUGGAAGAACAAAAAGAAGAAUUGGCCAUGCAACUCACAGAAGCCCUUCUGGAAAUGGAGGAGGAAAGAGCUGUUUGGUUAUCGAAGGAGAAAACUUAUAUCGAAGCAAUAGAAGAGAAAGUAAAAUUACACGAUCUGAAGGUGGCUUCUGCAUCAAAAGAAAUAUCUAAGGUGAUGAAUGAUUUGGAGUCUUGUCGUGAAGAAUGCGAGUUACUGAAACAAAAAUUGAGAAGUUCAGAGGAGAAUGAGAGACGGGAAAAAGAAUGCAGUCAGAAGAAGCUAGACGCCAUAGAGAGCUUAAAAAAUGAGAAAAAUAUAGCUGAGGUUGAAAAUGAAGCGACUCAGCAAAAUAUUAGAAACCAGCUGCUUCUUGUAACGAAGGAAAGAGAUGAUUUUAUGAUUCAGAUUCAAGAUCUUCAAAGUCAUUCGAUCGAAGUAGAAUUGCUCAAAAAUAAUACCAAUGAGAUGUUAGUAGGAGCAAAACUUCAAGCGGAAAAAUUGGCCUCGAGAAUUUCCAGCUUGGAAGUUAAGAUGCAUGAUGAUGAGGUUCAGAACGGCAAAGAAAAGGCGAAGCUUCGAAUGAGACUACGUAGAACUCAAGCAAAGUUGGAUGCAUUCCGCAUUAGAUAUCAAGAAGCACUGGAUGAGUCUGAUCUCAUGGAUAGAAAGUAUGAGAAGGCUACGAAGGACUUGAAGAAAAAGUUGGCUUCAGAAUGUAUUGAGAACCUUAACCUUAGGAAGCAACUCGCUUCUGUACAAGGACUAUGAAGUUUGGAUCAGUCAAUGUCAUUAGCUUAUGUUAUUAUAGACUCAGGUUUUUUUAGAUCAAGAUUAUUGUAUAUACUUCUGUAAUAUAGCUUCAGGGGAAAAAAUAUUGUUUCUACCUGUCUUAGACUCCAGCAAAAUACAUUUGAUCUUUGUUAUUAUUCUUUCAAGUUUCAAAGACAAUGAUAUCGACCUGUACAUUAGAACA